AACUGACAGAUAGAAAUAAAGUUAGCGUGAGCACAUUCGCACAGUUCAUCAUGGUUUGUAGACACAUUCAUGAACCUUAUGACUUUUUACUGGCAAUUUUUCCUUAGUUUCAAUUUCCCAGUGGUCUCUGUGGAGAAUCAACGACUCUCAUAAUCAUCACCAUGUUUCCCUCUAGAGACGUGGCCAUGGCUUCACCCUCUUCAAUCUUCUCUGCUUACGCUUCCAUGACAGCUUCCAUCAUGCUUCUGCGUUCAAUAACCAACGACCUCAUUCCUCAACCAAUUCGUGGAUUCCUUAUCGACACCUUCCGCUACUUCUUCAAGCUUCGCUCCGACACUCUCACUCUCAUUAUCCAAGAGUACUCCGGCGGCAUAGCGCGCAACCAUCUCUAUGAUGCUGCCGAGGUUUACUUGUCCACAAAAAUCACCCCCCAAAACGAGAGACUAAGCGUCAGCAAGACUCCAAAGGAGAAAAAGCUCUCCAUUAGACUUGAAAAGGGUGAAGAGCUCGUUGAUUGGUUUCAUGGGGUGAAACUCAACUGGAAUCUAAUCUGCUCAGAGUUCGAGACUCGCAAUGGUUCCUAUGACCACUCCAGAAACAGCUCCACCAGAACAGAAAAUAAGUACUUUGAGCUAAGCUUUGAGAAGAAGCACAAGGAGAUGGUGGUGGAAACUUACUUGCCUUUCGUUCUUGAGAAAGAGAAGGAGAUGAAGGACGAGGAGAGGGUGUUGAAGAUGCACACUCUCAACACUUUCUAUAGUCACGGAGGGUUCAUGUGGGAUUCCAUUAACUUGGACCAUCCUUCAACGUUUGAGACCGUCGCUAUGGAGGCAGAGAUGAAGAACCACAUAAUGGAGGAUUUGAAUAGGUUUUUGAGGAGGAGGGAGUUUUAUAGGAAGGCUGGCAGGGCGUGGAAACGAGGGUACCUGUUGUAUGGUCCCCCGGGAACCGGCAAAUCGAGCUUGAUCGCAGCCAUGGCGAAUUACUUGAAGUUCGAUAUCUAUGAUCUCCAACUUGACAACUUAGUCACCGAUUCUGACCUCAGAAAGUUGUUGCUGGCAACUGCAAAUAGGUCUAUUCUGGUGAUUGAAGACAUUGAUUGUAGUGUUGAUCUGCCUGGGCGAAGACAUGGAGAAGGACGAAAGCAACCUAAUGUGCAGUUGAGUUUGUGCGGAUUACUGAACUUCAUAGAUGGGUUAUGGUCGAGUUGUGGAGACGAGAGAAUCAUCAUACUGACCACCAACCACAAGGAGAGGCUUGACCCGGCACUGUUGAGGCCUGGAAGAAUGGACAUGCACAUUCACAUGUCUUAUUGCUCCUACCACGGGUUCAAGGUUUUGGCCUCAAACUACUUGGACGUUUCUUUGGAUCAUCACCUGUUUGGGGAGAUUGAAGGCCUGAUAGAGGGCACGCACAUAACCCCAGCACAAGUGGCAGAGGAAUUGAUGAAGAGCGAAGAUGCUGAGGUUGCACUAGAAGGAUUCCUGAAGGUGCUUAAGCGAAAGAAGAUGGAAGGUGAUGUGUCUGAGAAUGAUGGUUCAGAUAAAACACAACUUAACCAAUCUAAAAGGUCCAAAGUUGGUUCCACGCAGAAAAGACCAGUUUGUAUCAGCAAGAGAAAAAAUAGUACGGGUACUAAGAGAGGGAGAAGAGCACGUACUUUGCAAUAAACGUAGAACCUAUUUUUUUAAA